AAGGCCGUCCGGAUGCGUUUGGGCUUCCUGGCGAAAGGACCGUGGAGGAGCAGGCUGUCCUGGGAGACGUCGUUACCUGAUGCCAAAGUCAAACGUCACAGGAAGGGGCAUCAGCUGGGACGUGCAAAAGUUUCAGAGUGAACACUUCAAACAAGACCACCCACAGUCAGGCUGCAGGUAGCUGCAUCAUCUGGUGACAUCUGGUGGACAAAACAGAAAAGAGGCCCCAGCUCUGCGACUGACAGAUGGGCAGCCCAACUGCUGCCAGCUGCUUUCCAUACAAUAUUCAGAGAAUUUCUGGCAAGAGGCUCAAGCUCUGUUCCUCUGUGUUGUCGUCCAUCUGUUGGUUGCUGGGCCUCCUCAAUGAGCAGAUAUAUACUCCUUCACCCUUGACCUGAGCCUGGAAGUGUGGGGGAGUGAUGGUUGACCAGUGGAGGGUUGACCUAUUACCAAGGAAGAAUCUGCAUUGACACCAGUGGAGACACUGGUGUGGAUGAACAGCAGGGGUUGGCUGGGAAAGCAGUGGCUGACUGAUCGUCUCCAUGCAUACAUACUCUUCAUUCAUCUGUGAAAACAGUGUGUAGGAAGGAACUCAGUGUGUUGGGUGGGGAGCCCGGAGUGACAAAGCUGUGCUUGUAACUCAUCAGGGAAGUUGAUUAAACUUCAUUUACAUUUGUGAUGCCAAUCACACAGAUAUUUUAACUGAGCAAAGCCUGUUACAGUGAUCAGUUGUUAUUCUACAAUGCAAAGAAGAGUGUGUCUGCUGGUGAAAGGGUGGAAUAGAGAAGAAGCAAAACAACAAAAAGGAGCCUGUGUGAUACCCCGAAAAGAAGAAAGCAUGCUCCCCUCGAAAAGGUUCCCUCCUUUGCUUCGGACGUCUCAUCUGAUGCUGGCCUCGGCAUGGAUCCUCUGAGUCCCAUGGACGCUGUUGAAGUGGAUGACACAUUUGAAAAGGCGAUUCAACAGUCAAGCCGAGUUGUCAGCGAUAGGAAGAUGGCAAUUCGUAGAAACAACUCAUUACCACUCCAGCUCCUGGGUUUUAGUCCAGCUCUGAAGGGACAGGAAACAGAUUCUCACCGCUAUGGAAUAUUCGGGCAACAACCCUCCCAAAUAACUGCCACGUCCUCUCAACACAGCAACAAGGAGAACAUGCCAGAGGAGGGCUUUGAAUUCAAGAAACCAACUAAGCCAGUGUCACGGAGUCGCAUCCGCUCUUUCACCAGCAGACAGCCAAAGGACGCAUUUGCCUGCCGUCUCAGCUCGGCGCCAGCUCUCAUGCUGUCUUCACCUCCUCCCAUCCAGCAGCUUGAUUUUUAUGACUCCAGCCCUGUGUUCCUGAAAAGUUCCUCCCUCACCUCCUCUCUAAAUGAUGACGAUGAUGAUGAUGGCUUCUUGGAUGUACUGGACGACAACACGGAGAACGACUCUGGGAUGCCCAUGGGAAUGGCCAGUUUGCUCACUGCCCCACUGGUGGCCGAGGAAUCUCCUGUAAUUCGCUACCGGCCGAGAAACCUGUUUCGCUCGCCCUCCAUGCCCAGUCCGGUGUCCCGUUCCUCUGUGAAGCGUCCAGAUUGCCCCGGGGAUGAAAACACGCCUGUGAGGGUGAAAAGGCGACGCAGCCUGGCAGGAACACAAGUCACCAGCCAGGAACAAAACCAUGAAUCCCCACGAAUGGGCUGUUUGCUGCUGCAGAGGUCCAAGUCCUUUUGCCAGACAGAGAUUGACAAGGUGCUGGACAUUGAGAACGGGUGUAAUGAGCUAAUAGGAGAUUUCACCAAGCCUUUUAUACUACCCACAGUGGAGGGCAAACAUCAAGACCUCAAGUAUAUUACCCCAGACAUGAUGUCGGCGGCUUUGAACGGCCAGUUUAACCACCUAGUGGAGCAAGUCAUUGUCAUUGACUGCCGCUACCCGUACGAAUUUGAGGGAGGACACAUUAAGGGAGCUCUGAACCUUCACCAGGAGGAUCAGGUGGAGGACUUCCUCCUCCAGACCCCCAUCGUCCCAUCCUGUCCAGAAAAACGAGUCGUCAUCAUCUUCCACUGCGAGUUCUCAUCGGAGCGUGGCCCUCGAAUGUGCCGCUUCAUCAGGGAGCGAGACCGCGCUGUGAACGACUAUCCCAAACUCCACUACCCAGAGCUUUACAUCCUCAAGGGUGGAUACAAGGAUUUCUUCCCACAUUUCCAGUCACAAUGUGAGCCUCAGUCCUACCGGCCCAUGAACCACGGGGACUUCAAGGAGGACCUGAGGAAGUUUCGCAGCAAGAGUCGCACCUUGGACAGGGAGCACAGCAAGAGAGAAAUGUACAGCCGCCUGAAGAGCCAGUGAAGUGCUUCCCCCUGAACAGACUGAGGGCAGACAGAGCCUGAGGCCUCACCCCACCAGCGAGGAAAUAUCUUUUGAAUUAUGCCAAGAGAGUGGGAAUCUUUUUAGUCUCCAGGGUUUCAUGUAACAAAGUUGGUUAUUUAAUCAGAUUUGGAGAGGGAAGGAAAUGAUAUAAAGAAGUCGCUGAGGUGCAGUGGAAGGAUUUUAUUAAUGUGCUCAUUUUUUUAAAACCACUUGAACAUACUGCUGCUUGUUUAUACCCGUUUUUAUUAAACGGGUAUAAACGGCACAAGUCGGUGCCAGAUGACAACACGACUCCCACUGCCUGGUCUGAGGUUUAUACUUCAGUCUCCUCACUAGAUGAAUUUUUUUUUUUUUUUUAUCAUUUUGCAUUUGUCAUGUGCCAUUUUACUGAAGCACUUAAACACCUUGAAAUGGUGCUUUGUUUUUACGUUUGUUUUUAUUAACUCUGACCCCCAUGUGGGCAGUGCACCUUUCUGUAGGUGUCCCACAAUGCUAAUUUGGCAUUUUAAUUACUGACGGCUUGUAAAAGGAUAAGUUAAAGAGUGUUUGGUUUUCCUUCUUCCUGAUCAGUUGCAGUGGUUUUGGUUUCUUUUUUUUGGCGGUGGGGGGGUCAGAAACCAAAGCAAACCGUCUACCUGUUAACUUUGCAGUGAGAUUUUUCUGCUGCAGGUCAGCAAGUGAGAGAGGAUUUUAGAGAGAGGAGAUGUCUUCCCCUCUGCAGAACUAAUGAUGUCUGUUUAUAAUAAAUGGGGUGGUGUAAGUAUUUUGGUACAGGCUUGUGGGGGAGCUGCUGCAAUAAAGAUCCAAUGCAAGUUUG